AUGUCGAAAACGUACGACAUCGUAAUUCGCUUCCACUCCGUCUCAAACCUCCCAGUCGCAGACCUUGGGAAGUUCUCAUCGGACCCAUACCUCAAGAUAAAACUCGGUGUCUCUUCCAAAAAGUCCACAGAAAGUGGCUGGCAUGUCAAGGAAAAUACCGGUCCGGAUCCGGACGACCCCAUCAUCGUCUUUCGUACCCCAACUCAUCACCAGACCCUGCAUCCGAUAUUCCCUCCUCAGACGUUUUGGCUCGUAAGCAAUGUUCCCGAAUCUGGGUUUUCCAUGACAAUUAUCUGUCGGGACGAGGAUCCUUCGAAUAAAGAUGAUGGGUUGGGGAAAACUAAGAUUGAAAUUGAGGGUAUAACGGGGAUUGGUUGGAAGAAGGAACAUAUGAGAAUUGAAUUGAGGAGAAGGAACGGAGGUGGCAGUUGGAGGGCCUUUGCUUUUUCGCCGGUUAUUAAUGCGAUUAAUGGUCAAAAGAUUAGCAGCGGCAGGCCGAUUGCUGAUAUGAGCAUCGAAGUUAUCGGUGAAACUAGGGACAAUGGUGGAAGACCGCUUCCCUAUACUUCAGGACCCGCUUACUUCUCGAAACACUUCUCUCCCUUUGCUGGUCGUAUGACUGGUAUCGUUGAGAAGACCGACGAUAAUGCAUCGAUUAACUCGGGAAGUGCCUUGUUUGGGGGCAAGAAGUACAACUUCCAAGCAAAUGCCCUCCAGCUUCAAGGGCCUGUUCCACCAGAAUUAAACCACCCGUUCGUCCCUUCUAAAUGGUUUAUCAAGAAACUAUUCACUGGAAAGAUCCUUCCUCACGCCUUACACGCACAUCACCGAAACAUCUUCUCUCAUGACCUCAAAACAGUCUACGGAGUCAUCAUCCAAGAUGACAGGGAAGACGCCAUAAUGAGACGGUCGGCGGCCAUGUCAGAAAUCCCAAUCGAGCAAACAAUGAUGGAUUCGCCUCAAGCACAUUCGCACCAAACCCAACCCCACAGCCAUGGCGAGGAACUAAACCAAUCAAAACUUCGUCGCCUUCUUAUGGGCGGUAAAGUGGAGGGUGAUCCGGAAUUUAAAGCUAUGGAACUGGAGAACCCUCGGCCUACGGAGGGCCAACCGUGUGGAAACUCUUAUUUAGAUAAAUCUCAGCGUUUCUUGGAGAUGUGUGGAGAACUUACAGAGUCUGGGAAGGUGAAGAAGCAACCUAGUAUAGGCGAUGAUGGAGAAGAAGAGGAACAGACUGGCGGUGCACUAUUUACAUACGUAGUUACGGUAGAUGGCCAAAUGCGAUGGUCCGAAGUAGGUGCUGGGUGGGCUAGAGAAGUCGGUUCGAAACACGUCAUUCUAGCGAAUGGUGCCAAACACGUAGCAUUCGCCGGAGAGUUUUUCAUCAGAAGAAAACCGAGAAAACACCACCGACGCCCAUCAUUCGCGGUUUCCUCACGAACAGGAUCUUCGAGUAGCGGUGUUCUAAUGUACCGAAAUUCAAAGAACCGGGAUGACAGAAAGAUGAAGAAUAGGCCUGUGAGCCAACCGAGGGAAACUUUCUCCCGUGGUGAAAAUAUGCUGGGUGAUACUCUCCCCACAGCUGAUAGGAACCCUGAGGCUUGGGCACCACCGGCUACGUUACCAUCUUGGUCUCCUCCUGCCCAAUUACCAUAUGCGGCACAGUACGCAGCGCCAUAUGCCGCGCCAUAUGCUGCGCCAUUCAGAACAGACUCAGUAGGCACCAUAGACAGAGAUAGAGACUUGGGUCUCAUGUUCCUCCACGACGAUUCCCGACGACCCUCUCAAAUCUCAUUAAACACUACCGACCAAGUCAGAUUCCAACUCUAUAUCGACAACGACUCCGGUACCUACCGACCUCUCGAAAAACACAUACCAGCCUUUCGAGAAUUCAUGAAAGCACAGUUCCCGGGAUUUGACGUCAUCGUAUCACAUUGUGCUGGCGAAGAAGGGAAAAAGAUUGAAAAGAUGAAACAGGCGCAUGUUAGAAAGGGAAGGGAACGUGGAGAGGUGGCAGGAGACCCCGGGGAUGCUGUUGAAGGUGGUGAUUUGGUGUUUAGUGAUAGUAGUAGUAGUUCGAGUAGUGAUGAUGAAGAUAAUAGUGGGAUGUAUGCGGAGAGAAGUGGGAUGGCUAAGGGGGGUAAGCUACCGGGCGGUGUGCAGGAGUUCGCAGAGAAGUAUGGGAUUAGAAUGAUGUGA